AUGGCUCCCGAACUGCGCAAGCGAAAGUCGAAGCCUGCUGUUGCAGAGCCAGACCCCGUCGCCAAAAAAGUCAAGCCCUCCAAGGCGACUCCCAAAACUGAGAAGCGCAAGGCUCCCGAGGAAGCCUCUCCCGUCGCGGUAAAGAAGCAGAAGCCUAGCAAGGAUGUCGCCAGCAGCAAGACAGCCGCCGAAGAGAAGCCUGUGGCGAAGCAGUCGGCGCUGAAGAAGGAGAAGCAAUCGGCCAAGCCCAAGUCCAAAAAGGUUGCAGAACCGGAAGACACAGAAAACGGCGAUGUCCCAUCCGACGUAGAGGAGGAGGAGGUUGACGAGAGCACCAAGGCCCUUGUCAAAGCACUCGACGGCGGCGACGACGACGAGGCAGAGACAACCGAGAUCAGCACAUUCAAGAAAGGCCAGGACGUCGGCAAAGUCCCCAAGGCCAAGAAAGCCCCAAAACCCUCCUCCACCACCACGAACGGCAACCCCGGCGUCAUGUACCUCGCCCGAAUCCCCCACGGUUUCUACGAGCACGAACUCCGCUCCUACUUCGGCCAAUUCGGCGACAUCACCCGGCUCCGGGUAGUCCGCAACAAGAAGACCGGCGCCAGCCGCCACCGGGCCUUCAUCGAGUUCGCCGACGCCGAGGUCGCUGACAUCGCGGCCCGCACCAUGGACAAGUACCUGCUCUUCGGCCACCUGCUCUCGGCCAAGACGGUGGCGCCGGAGCAGGUGCACAAGGACCUGUUCAAGGGCGCCAAUCGCCGGUUUAAGGUUGUGCCGUGGAAUAAGAUGGCUGGUCGCCAGCUAGAGCGGCCGCUGUCCGAGGCGCAGUGGCAGAGCCGGAUUUCUAAGGAGGAAAAGAGAAGGGCUGGGAGGGCGGAGAAGUUGAAGGCGAUGGGGUAUGAGUUUGAGGCGCCUGCGCUUAAAGCUGCGGAGGCUAAGCCGCUGUUGGAGAACGGGGAGACGGUGACGGGGGAGGAGGAGCCCAAGGCUAUUGAGGCACCGCCUGCGGCUGAGGAAACGGAGGACAAGGAGGAGGAGGCAGUUGAGCCGGAGGUGGUGGCUAAAGCUGCGAAGACAAAAUCUUCGGGAGACGGGACUGCUCCGCAGAAGAAGGCGAAGAAGGGCAGGAAGACCAAGUCAUGA